AUGGCUGACCAAAUGAAGAAAGCAGACGAAGUUGUGGAGGCAGAAUUCAAGGUUCCUAUGCAUUGUAAUGCCUGUGAAAGAAGAGUUGCCAAAGCCAUUUCCAAACUCAAAGGUGUGGAGACGUUAAUGACUGACAUGGCGAAUGACAGGGUGGUGGUGAUAGGAAGGAUCAAUCCGGAGAAAGUAUUGAAGAAACUGAAGAAGAAGACGGGGAAGAAAGUAGAGCUUGUGGUGAAUGAGGAUCAAGAUGCUGAAGAUGGAGAAGAAGGGAUGAAUUGCAAUGGGGAAGAAGGUAUGGGUUCUUGGCAAGAUCACUAUUAUGGAGACGGUGAAACCCACAUGAUAUUCAAUGAUGAAAAUGCAAAUUCUUGUACAAUAAUGUGA